AUGAAGUCCAGCCUCGCCGUGUUAGUAACCCUCUGCGCCGGCGCGGCAUACGGCGAGACCUUCCUCGGUGUAAGUCCGCCCUCUCUAAUCAGCCUACCCUAUGCCGCCCCCAACACCCCCAAGGCGGAACACCAACUCAAGCAACACGAACCCAAGCACACACUCACCACCGUGGCUCUUCCCGAGCGUGUCCAUCCCCUAUGCUGUCCAAAAUUGCUGACAAUACCCCCUUUUUUGCAAAACGCUCUAGACGUGCCACGAGAAAAAGUGCCGCGUCCUCCUCUCGACGACACCCAUAGGCUGGACCGGCAGGGUGUACCGGGACAAACAGGUGUUUCAGACCAUGGCCUGCUCCGCGCCCACAAAGGCAAGUCGACGAGGGAAACCCGCCAAGCCAACAAAAGGAAAAAGCAGAGCGAUGAAAUUCAUCGAGUGUCACGGGCAAUAAAUGAAUGA